AUGGCGCACGCUUUCUUUAUAUGUAUGACAUGUUGCUUAUUUUUGCCAUGUAAUGUGCUGCAAAUUUGUGGUUUCUUUUCUCCAUACUGGAUGCAGGAUUCAUUUUAUCGUGGAUGUUUUAGAGGAGUACUUUAUAAUGUGGGUUGUCCAGAUGACUGUGCAGGUCUUGGUUUUAGUGUUCUUGGACUACAGGUCGCCGCGUUCUUUUUUAUGAUCCUUUCGACCGCUGUCACCAUUUAUAGUUUCUUUUGUUCCAAAGACGACGCCAACGAUGAUUAUAGUUGCUGUGAUAUUUAUGUCCAUUUAUUUGUUUGCUUCUAUCCAAUCGCUGGAAUAAUUGGUAUCAUUGGUUGCAUAAUUGCCAUGGAUUCGUACGGCGCCAAUGGCUGGGGAUUGUAUCUUUGUCUUGUGGCGUCCUCUUACAUAAUACUUCAGUUGUGCUGUACCCCUUUGUAUGAGGACUAGGCUGAAACGGAAAAGAAAAAAAUACUGCAACAGUACAUAAAUAACGGCGGAGUCGUUGAACUGGGUCAAAUAGCACACAGCCAACAACUGCAGACAGGUGCUGAGUCGGCUGGACACGUUGUGAUCAGUAGAUUGCAGUUUGCCAGAAUCUCUCAUAUCAGCUGAAGUGUACUACAGAGAUGUUUAAACGACAACUCGAGUUGGAACAAUGUUUAUUUUCAGUUAAAAAUCCUUCUUGUUUUUGACGUGUGGAGUUGCUUUUCAUCCUUUAGGUGUUACUAUCUAAUUUUUUAUAUCACUGAUAAAAAAUAAAAUUGUAUUCGCUAUAAAAGAUUACUUAAACAAAUCAUAAUUUCACAUCUUUAAAAUACACACUAAAAUUUGAAAUAAAGUAGAGAACAAAAGAAAAACAAAAGAUCACAUUACGAACCAAUUAUUUUGUUGUAAUAACACCUCAAUCAUAAAUAGUAUACAGUAUUUAUAACCCCCACAAACAAUCACAUCCUAUUUGCAACGGAUAAAAAAGUGGGUUUUUUUUAUAAAGAACCAAACAAUAGAAUUUGCAAACGAGUUUUAUCCGUAGUGUAGUAAAUCAAUUUGUAUCAUUGCUGCGAUGGUUUUGCUUUGAUGACCUUUGUGUUUUUAUUUCUGAUACACCAAGAUUUAGCUGUGCUCUAACAGCUUUGGUGUAUCCAGAUAAACCAUGUUCAGAUUAUAAAUAAAGUGAAACAAUCAAAAGAAAGAUUUAUUGACAAAAAUAUAACAAAUGGUUUGUUUUCUUGCAUAUAUCAAAAACACAAACUUUUUUUAGCAUGAUAUUGAACUGAGCGCAAAAUAAGGAUCCAAAGGUGCAUAGUUUUAAAAAUCACAGGCAUUUGUAUCAUGCCGUUAAAUUAAAAACACAAUUGUUUAAGAAUUACUUCGAGGUAAAGUAUUUACUUCCUUAACGUCGAACCUAUCUAAUUAACGGCCAGUUAAUUGUCAACACAUGCCUAAAACAGGUAUGUAUAUCUCAUUUUAGCUGGUGUAAACAAUAAGGUCCACAGUUUGUCGCUCCAUUAAAAGAAGAUCGCCGUUAGCAUCGCUGCUACAACGAACACAAUUCACUGUAUAAAUUUCAUAUUUGUGUAAAUAAAACAAAUCAUUUUUUUGUAAAAAUUAUCGAAGUGGCAGUUGCCGCCCUUGUCACCUUGUCCAACGCCAUUGUUAGUACUAUUUGAAUGAAAGUGUGAUCAUGGUGACAUACCUGUUAGCUAUAUAAAAGUUGGCGAUAAUCAAAGUACUAAAUGUUCUAAGAUUAAACGACCAAACCCAAAGCUUGAAAACUGUUCAUUACAUAUGCUUGUUUUCUUCCAAGUUCUUUAGAUAAAAAUCCAAAGAAGAGAAGAAAAGAUCCUUCCAUAUUCUUUAGAGUGGUUUUCCACCAAUAAGUAUGUUCAUAUGUAAGCACGACAAAUUACUUUUGUCAAGAAUUUGUAAAAGAGUUAUGAAUUAUUAAAUUCAAAUUCAUUACGGAAUAUAAACAUUACA